GCAGAGCCCUCGGCCUUCGCAAAUGGAAGAAGACGCGUCAGACCGUAAGAUCUGCCUCGUUUCGGGUUUUGCCGGCUUCUAAGCAGCGUGUCUGCAGUCUAGCCUGUCGGACUAAGUGGCGUCGUUCCCAGUCUGCGGAUCGGUCCCGUUGCGACCAGCUCACGGCGGUUAAAUCUCGACGGACUUCGUCUUGUUUACCUUGCCCGUUAGCGUCAGCGAGCUAAGGCUAGCGCUUUCUGGCUAGCUAGCGAAAGCCAUCCAUCCCCGUCGGUGAAAUGGCGGCCAACACGACGCAGCCGACCCCUACCGCAAACUGGUCCUAUGGAACCUCUCCAGAAAGCCAGGUCCAUGAGAACCCAGAGUGGGAGAAGGCAAGACAAGCACUUGCCUCCAUUAGCAAGAGUCAGAGUGCUACCAAGACUGCGCAGGCCAACCGGACCACAGCAGAGGCUGGUCAGUUUCCGCCUGUAGCAUCUGACUCUGCAGCCAUCCAUCAACAGCAGCAACAGUACUAUCAGUGGUACCAACAAAAUCAGCAGCAGUAUCCUCCUGGAUACUCCUAUUCUUAUAACUACUACUACAACAUGGGUCCAUAUGGUGCUGGAUAUCCACCAAGUCAGUAUGGAGCACCUCCAGGGCCUUACCCAGGACCCCCUACUCCUAAUGGACAGCCUCCUCCUGUUCCUGGAAUGGAUGACCCAUCAUCUAGCUACCCCUCUCAACCCCAGCCCCCUCCCCCCGCGACCCCUCAGCCCCCCCAGAGCCCAACCACCUCAGAGAAACCCCCUCCCCCUCCACCCCCACCCAACUCCCAGUACCCCCCACCUCCAUCACAAAAUGCUUACAAUACCAACAGCACUAUGCCUUACUCACCUGGUGAUCCGAACCAAAUGAGAGUGUACAAUCAUAACCAGGGGAGGCCCAACUACGGACAAGGCUACCAGACCCAGAACACCUAUCAGGCCUCUCAGAAUAAUACCCAACAUCAACAGCAGCAGCAGCAAGGCCAGUAUGGAUCAGGGCUGGUCAGAGCAGACGUCAACAAAAGCCAAAAACAAGGACAGCAACUCUGGCACCGCAUGAAACAGGCUCCGGGAACAGGUGCUGUAAAGUUCAAUAUUUCCAAGAAGCCCUAUGUCAUGACCAGUCCGACCUUCCCCCCAGGGGAGCAGCCGUCAACUCCUACCCCUUCCUCUCCUGCUACUGCCAAUACUGCACCUGGAGCUGCUCAAACACGGCCUCAGGACUGGCCCCAAGCCAUGAAGGAGUAUGUCCAGCGCUGCUUCACUGCCUGUGAGACUGAGGAUGACAAAGACCGCACAGAGAAGGUGCUGAAGGAAGUUUUGCAGGACCGGUUGAAGGAUGGCUCUGCCUACACCAUUGACUGGACCCGAGAGCCAUUACCAGAACUGAAGGCCAAGCAGUCUCGUUGGGAGGCGGUGCCAUCCCAGAGGACACUGGACAGCUCAAUCAGCCGGGGUGGAAAUAUAUCUAUCUCUACACGAGGCAGGGGUGGUGGUCACAAACUGGGCCACUACAGGAAUGUCUUCUCUCAGAGGAGCCCCUCUUCCAGUUCGUCGCGCUCCUCCUCCCGCUCACCAUCCCCCUCCUACAGCCGACACAGAGACCGCAGCAGCCAGAGGCACAGGCGCAGUGAUUCUGGCUCCCAGUCAGACAGCAGCAUGUCCAGUGACCUCCGACCUCAGCUGUCCCGACGAAAUCAGAAAGGAGGCCGUGGCCGUGGUAAUGACAGGGAUCGAGGACGGGGAGGUGGAGAGAGGGGUCGUGGAAGAGGAGGAAAAGCAAACAGAGGAAGAAGGAACAUGGAUGAUUCCAGUUCUGGCAUGGGCAAGAAGAGGAAAGGGGGCAAUGCUGGUCUGGACUUCCAUGACCCUAACCGGGAGGCUAAGAAACAAAGCAGGGCAGCCCGCUUCCACAAGCAACUUCGUUCUGAGCCUCUGGUGCUCUCUAUCAAUACCCUGGACCUCCCCAACGGAACGCAAGAGGCCAUCAGCUGGGAGGACUGCCCCAUUGUGGGCACUUGCCAGGACAUCACCAAGAACUACCUGAGGCUCACUUGUGCCCCUGACGCCUCAACUGUGCGUCCUGUGCAGGUGCUGAGAAAAUCUCUGCAGGCGGUUAAGACCCACUGGAAGACCCACCAGGACUAUACCUAUGCCUGUGAACAGAUGAAGUCCAUACGACAGGACCUCACGGUCCAAGGAAUUCGAACAGAUUUCACAGUAGAUGUGUACGAAUGCCAUGCACGCAUCGCUUUGGAAAAGGGCGACCAUGAGGAAUUCAACCAGUGCCAGACCCAGCUGAAGGCCCUAUAUAAAGACAAUCCAUCAGAGAACAUAGGAGAGUUUACAGCAUACCGAUUGCUGUAUUACAUCUUCACCAAUAAUUCUGGAGACCUGACGACGGAGCUGGUGUACCUGACCCCGGCACUGCGGGAGGAUGAUUGUGUGUCUCAUGCUCUUGCCCUGCGUGCUGCCUGGGCUCUAGGAAACUAUCACCGCUUCUUUAAGCUUUACCUGAAUGCCCCACGCAUGGCCUCUUACCUCAUCGAUAAGUUUGUAGAAAGGGAAAGAAAGAUUGCACUCCGGGCCAUAUUAAAAACGUUUAGACCCGACUUGCCGGUGCAGUAUGUGCAGUCAGCUCUGGGUUUCCCUUGUUUAGACUCCUGUAUGGCUUUUCUUACUGGGCUUGGGGUCACCUUCUUCCCCUCUGACCCCAGCAAGAUAGACUGCAAAGCUAGCUCAGCUUUUUUGGCUGCUUCAUGAGGGGAAUGGGAGGGGGGGAUUCCUGGGAGGGAAAGGAAGCACACUAAAGAGAAAUACUUGGGGAUGGACAGGGAACCUAGUAAUAUGAAUGCACUGCACUUCAGACAACUCAGACAGUUUGGAAGGAGAGUAGUAGUGAGAUAGCAUCUUGAAAAUCCUACAAAGGAAGAUGUAAACUAGCAGAGUCCACUACAAUAUCUAAGUGUAAGUGCAGAAAUAGAUUGAAUCUUCACACAUUGAGAGAUAUGGACUGCCAUAAACACAAGGGAGGCUAUAUGCACACAUAACUGUUCAAACAUGGCAGUUUAGCCCAAUGCUCAACAUCUUUCUCAAAAUGUUAACUAUAUGAGAAACGGAGGUGAACAUCUUAGAUUGGAAUUCUUUAAAUCCAUCACCAUUAAUUAGAGCAGUAGUCAAACCAGAUUAGGGAGGAACAUACCUCGUGGUUCCCCAUUCAUUACCAUCCUCAGAUGUCAAAGCUAACAGUUUUCUGUUAUGUUUUUUUCCUCCUCAAGUCAACAGCUCCAAACUCCUGAAGAAUUCAAGUCUUAUCAGCCUAAAGAGAAAUGAAGAGUGCUCUUCUUCAAGUAAACCAUCAAUGUUCAAGUCGACCCUCAGCGACUCCGAAGCCAAGGGAUUCAGGCCAACUUCACGUUCCUCUCUAGAGACUGAAAACUAAUAUGGAGAAGACGCCCACAAAGUAUCCAGGAGAAGAGGUGGUGGUUUGUAUGUCUUUGUCCUGCCCCCCUGUUCCCACAAGGUAUCUACAGUUGGCUAUCCUACCUGUUCCUGCCAACCAACCUACCUCCCUGAAAGCUAUGGACACUGAAAUUCAAAGUGUGGCUCCUGUUUUAGUAAAGUAGCAUUCGCUUAUGUUACUUACACUGUUACCACUCACGCUCCUGAAAGUGGUUUCCUGGCGUUUGGAAGAGCUCUGCCUGAAGUCCCCUCCUAUAAAUGCCUAGUCUUUCUAAUACAUCUCAAUCUGAUAGGCAUUGACUUCUUAUAUAACUGAUAGGAGCCUCUAUCCCUCACAAACAUGGCUUCCCUAAUUUCCUAUAUUCUGAAGCAAGGAGUCCCUCCACUAACCCAGGUGUAGUUCCUGGAUUCAGGCAGAAAAGAAGUCCGCUACAAUCGUCCCCAGGUUGAGGUUUCCCCGCCAGUGCUUGGAAUCCUGAGUAAUCCAGUCAGCAGUUCCUGCUACAGCAGCUCCAGGGAAUGGCAGCCGAGAGGCACGACUUCGUGUCAUCAUCACCACCAGUGUCGUCGCCGUCAUGCUGUGGUCGGCUCAAAUGUCCAUACUUGUCAUUAACGUAUGGCAGUUGAUGAAUUCUGCUCACUGAGCCGGUGGAGGUAACCUUGCUUCCCAGUGAGGUAAUGGCCGGAGUGGUUUGUAUGCUGCACCUUGUUGACCAGGCAGGAGUACGUAUGUAUGGCUGGUAAGAGAAGGGGACCUCUGUGGACGGAGCGGCUGUGCACUUUGCAGAGUGUGGUUGUAUAUGUCUCAGUUUCCUGGUCGCUCCACAAUUCUGAGUUUGAAGAGUGUGUAUGUGUGUGUAUGUGUGUCUGUGUGUGUGUGUGUGUGUGUGUGUGCAUGAAUGCUGUGACGGCUCACUCGCAGAAGUGUUUAAUUUGAAUUAUGUUUUUUGCUCGGCAGUACUGGCUCAUUGGAGUAACGACAAAGUAGAUGAAAGUUAUUGAGCCGCACUCAGCCUUUAAUGUGACUUUACAUUUUGACCAAGUGAAUAGAAUACAGUUCAGAUUUUAAAUGACCUGUGAAAUGGUAAAUGAGUAAGGAUCCCAGGGCCACAUGAAAGCUGUGCUGCUGUCCCAAUGUGAUAUGCUUAUUUGCUUCAAGCUACAAAAAAACAAAAACUAUUUUUACACUUUUGCAGAUGGUAAUUCACAAUAAAAUGACAGAUGUAAGAGGAGUGUAGAGUGGCGCUUUUGUGUCCUGGUAGUUAAGCUCACAAAAAAAACCCAAGUUAAGAUGUGGGUAGAGAGGCAAAAUUUGGCAAGUGGCCAGUGUGCUGGUGCCAUGGGACUCUUUCCUACCAGUUCAUAGAGCCUACAUGUUUCUCAGGAUGAUCACUAGAGAGCUCAUAGUUAAACUGCCAGAAAAUAUACCAUAGGCACUGCAAAACCAGCUGAAGCGUUGGAACGGUGUUGUUUAUUUUUACCCUGCCCAGUAUAUUUGGAUCUGAACCGAAAACGAAUACCGCAACACUCAGUUCACUUUUUUGUCAUGCAAAAAUGGAUGUCAAAAUCUUUUGAGAUUUUUCCCGCUUUAUGAAAUUGACAUUGUUCAACCGUAUCCAGUGUUAAUCUAAACAUGUUGAGCCUUGGGUGGUUUAAGUGGUGUUACCGAGCAGAAGAAGACCGCCGCAGGUCUCCUGUGUGAUGUAGUAUUUACUGCUGGUCCAUGGCGUACAUCUUUUUUGUAAAUGGGUUAUGAGGUUUCUGUCAUGUUGUCUUCAGUUAGUGUGUAGUUUUGUUCUGUUCACACAGGGUAAGUGUGUUACUGUUUUUGUGUGCGUGGUUCACAAGACUCAGAACAUGGAUGUGAAUAUGUACAUUUGAUUACAGGCUCUAGUCAGAGCCAGAUAAUUUUUUCCAAAUCUUUGACAAAGACUUUAUAUUAAGAGCAGUAAGAUGUGAUGAUCGGGGGGGGGGGCUGUAUGAUAAGUGGAGG